AUGAUGUGUGUCAUGGGGUUUCUAAGGUUUAUAAAACGGUAUAGUUACCCCUUUAGGGACAAAACUCGAAUUAGAGUUUCCGCACUUCAGCACAUGCAAAGCAGAGGAUUCUCAAAGGAAGGAGUUCUUGAUGGCAAUGAUGUUGUGCAUCCAGUUCUGAUCAUUGGCGCUGGACCUGUGGGUCUUGUUCUCUCUAUUCUUCUCACAAAAUUAGGUAGACUCUAA